CUAACGAUGAACAUGAUAAGGAGAAACUCAAUUCGUUUUUGGAAUAUAUUAUGGAUGAGGGUAUCAUUCAAGAUGGGACUGUGGCUACAGACUUGACAAAGGUUAAAGGAUUGUGGGAGCAGAGGGAGAGAAUUGCCGAGGCUAGUGUCCGUGAAGGAGUGGCUUAUGCGUACGAUGUGUCUCUACCACUGAGCGUGUACUAUGACCUUGUGGAGGUCGUACGAGAGAGGGUCAAAGAUGUGGCAAAAUGUACAAUAGGUUUUGGACAUAUUGGCGACGGUAACCUUCAUUUUGAGAUAAUCGCAGACUCCCACUCGACUGACCUACUGAAUCUGAUAGAGCCUUUUGUGUUUGAUUGGACAGCCUCACACAAGGGGAGCAUAUCUGCUGAGCAUGGCUUAGGAUUCAAGAAAGCACAAUACAUCUAUCAUUCUAAAUCCUCUGUAGCUGUGGACUUUAUGAAGAACAUUAAGAAACUUUUUGAUUCCAAUAACAUUUUGAAUCCUUACAAAACUCUGCCUUAACAUGUUCUAAAUAUAAUUAUGUUAUAAUUAAGUG